GGUCCGUGCUGCUGCAUGGGGUAGUGAAUAGCGACAGCCCACGCUCUCUAGUAGAGACGGAUUCAUUUGUCAGAGAACGUGACUCUCAAAAAUGAUGGUAAAACCCGAGAACAUAUCUCCGGACGAAGUUGCUCCUGAAGAGACAGCAGAGGUGGUUACAUCCGGAAAAUCUGCAAACACAAGAACAAAAGCAAAUUAUCCCAGAGUUUCUGAGAUGGUAAAUCUCGCUAUUAAAGCACUUUGCGAGAAAAAUGGAUCAUCCCUGCAGGCCAUUAAGAAGUACAUGGUAGAAACUUAUAAAAUUGAUGUGGAGAAACAAAAUCUUUUUAUCAAGAAGUACUUGAAAUCAGCGGUGGACGCUGGUUUUCUCAUUCGAACGAGAGGCCGAGGAGCUGCUGGGUCUUUUAAGAUCCCCAGGCAUGAGAUUGAUCCACUGAAGGCAGUGGUUAAACCUAAAGCUAAAAAGAGAACAGCUCCGAAAAAAAAAAAUGUGGAGACAUCUCCGAAAAAAAAUAUUACAAUGAAUUCGGAUGGAAAGAAGUCCAGCCAAUCUAAGGCGAAGAAAAAAGUAAUUCCUCCAAAAGGGAAGACGACCGCACAAAAAAAAUGA